AUGACAAAGUUCAAAUCAAAGCUUGUUUUAGGCAUACGCAGUCAUGAUCAUGGAAUUGGUCUUCUUGAAGCAUCAAUCUUUAAUGUCAUUGAUUUUGGAGCCAUUGGAGAUGGCCAACAUGAUGAUAAUCCUGCAUUUUUGAAAGCAUGGGAAGCUGUAUGUGGUGCUACAGAUGAAACUCCAACCCUUAUAAUACCUGCGGAUAAAACCUUCUUAUUGACUCCUAUUUCUUUUCAUGGUCCUUGCAAAUCCACUAGCCUUCAUGUUCAGAUAGAAGGAACACUUUGGGCACCGGAUAGCCGCGAUGCAUGGAAAAAUUGUGAAGCUAAUUCAUGGAUAGUUUUUAAAGACAUUGAAAACCUCAUUAUAGAUGGAUCAGGAUUGCUUAAUGGCAAAGGCUCUACUUGGUGGAAGGUUUUAGCAAUUCAAAAUUGCAAUGGGCUUCAAUUAAAAGGAAUAACAAAUAAAGACAGUCCAGGACCCCAUUUAGCAAUUAAUUCUUGCAACAAUUCUAUUUUAUCAAAUCUUCAGAUAAUUGCUCCAGAAACCAGUGAAAACACUGAUGGAAUUGACAUUAGUUAUUCAACUCAAGUUCAAAUUACUGAUUCUAAUAUUGGAACAGGUGAUGAUUGUAUAGCAAUAGGAGAUGGGACAUCAAGGAUUAAUAUUACUGGGAUUAUGUGUGGACCAGGUCACGGAAUAAGUAUUGGAAGCUUGGGAAAAAAUGGAGGAAUGGCCAAGGUUGAACAAAUUUAUGUAAGAAAUUGUACUUUUAAUGGAAGUUCAAAUGGUGCUAGAAUCAAGACAUGGCAGGGUGGAUCAGGUUAUGCAAGAAAUAUUAGUUUUGAAGAUAUCCCUCUUAUAGAUGUAAAAAACCCAAUUAUCAUUGAUCAAUAUUAUUGCUUUGGUCCUGGUGGCUGUCCCAAUCAGAAGGAAGUUAUUUCAGAGAGGAGGUUGAAUAUCAUGGAAGUAGUGGGCAGUUACCAGCCUUGGAAGAAGGAGAACCAAGUAAUGAGGGAUGAAUGGGAAGUUGGGUCAAUCUGGAGGUUACUUUCCUGGAGGGAGUUAUGGUAUUUUGAGGGUCACUUGCUCAUGGGCCAACUAAGGAAUUUGGAGAAUUCAAGAAAAAAAUCGGCCGUGGAGAUUAAAAGCGUGACAUAUAAAGGCUUCCAUGGAAGUUCAUCAAGCAUGGCGGCUAUAACUCUAAAUUGCAGCAGUUCGAUACCCUGCACCAGCAUUUUAAUGGAAAAUAUUAACAUUACUUCUUCAAAUCCUUCGGUUAAUCAAACCAUUGCGUUUUGUGAAAAUGCCCAAGGAAAACAAGAUUUUGUUUCACCUCAAGUCUCAUGUCUAACUCAUUAA